AGCUUUUGGAAGGCGAGGUUUACCACUACCAUACAAAACUCAUGAAAAAGCCAGCUAAGAUUGGAGGCAAGCAUAUCUGGCAUCAAGAUUACGGAUAUUGGUAUAACUAAGGCAACUUGUUUCCCAACAUGAUGACUGUGUUCAUAGCUGUAGACAAAUGCACGAAAGAAAACAGCUGCCUGCAGGUGUUAUCAGGAUCACACAAGUGCGGCCGUAUUGAGCACGUGAAAAUUGCCGCGCAACAGGGAGCAGAUAUGGACAGGGUUGAGGAAAUACGAAAACAUUGUCCGCUGGAGUAUAUCGAAAUGGAACCAGGAGACGCACUUUUCUUCCAUUGCAACCUCCUUCACUGCAGUAGCGCCAACACAAGUGGAAAAAGGAGAUGGGCUUUACGGUGUGCCUACAAUAGAGCUGACAAUGACCCGAUAUGGGAUCACCAUAAUCCUCAUUAUACCAAACUUGAAAAGGUUCCAAAUUCUGCCGUCCUAGAUUGCACGAACUUCACAGACAUGACAGGAAAGAAGAUUUAUGGCGAAAAUCUGGAAAACAUUCCAGGAAGACGGAAAAUUCCACGAGAUGAGCAAUAAAUAGCGAAUAUUCGAUGACGUUUGGUGUCAGAUCGAACCAUAUUUCACCGCGUGAUAGGAGAAAGCGAUACGUUCUAUUUUCUUAACGUCUUUUCAGAACUUUUCCAUCCGGAACAGUGAACAGUUGCGAAAGUAAAUUGAUAAAUCAUCGAAAAGCAUUAAAGAAUGGCUUCUGACUUUAACUUCACUAACUUGUGGCUGAGCGUGAAAGUGAUAUUACCUAAACAAUGAUUUUUGUACUCUCCAAUGUUCGUUACACAUACCAGGUGAAACUACAAUAUACACAUGUUUGAAGGCAUAUAUAAUAAAAAUAGCAUAUUUCCUAACACUCAGCUUAAGCCGAGACGUCGUUCAAUAGUGACCGUUUAAGAUUAUCUUCUAUAAGAUUUGUAUGCUUACAUUUGUAUGAUAAUAAUGUUUUUAUUUUACAAUCAAUAUUGGCAACGUUAUCAAAGAUAUAAAAGAAAGCAUAGUUACAUUUUUAACAUUUGACACGAAGUUUGUUAACCGCUAUAACAUGGAGGGUAAAUGUUUGUUUUUGUGUAAGAGUUUGAUAUAUUUCACCGAGUGAUCAUCAAAAGAUAUAAUCACGAGCUAUAUUCAAACAGUUUGUAUUAUUUGCCUAAUAUUUGAGUGACAAUUAUUUAAUUGCUCUCAUUGAAAAAAAAAACGCGCCAAUUUAUAUGCGAACAAAACGUCAUUUCGUAAUUGACGAAGAGGAAAUUGUGUCCUAGCCCUGUGCGCGCUGCCUUUUGAUUUGGAACAAAGAACGAGCUAAAACUUCAUAAAGAGUGAAAAAUAUCAAUUUGAUAUUAUUUAUGUUUGAAACAGUGAAAUAACAAUGUUUUUCACAGAUAUAGAGGAUAGUUAUUGAAUUAAGUGUAAGAUUGUGUAAGAUUUCACGAGUGGUCAGAGAGUGGUCAAGAGUGCCGUAGCAAUGAGUGAAAACAUUAUUUUCCGUUACAACGAGUGAAAUUAAAUACGAACUUACUUAGAAUUCAACAAAUGUUUUGUAUUCCAUGCAUAUAUCGCGUAAAUUCAAUAUAGUUCGCCGCUUGGGUAAAUUGUUUAACGACAGUCCCUUUCCGAGGCCUCUUUACGAAAGGAAGUACCUGCGGCAUAAUCGCUGUAUCAAGGUUAAUCCUAUUUGCGCGAACUGUACGUCCACUAAAAUAAGUUCCGUACUAUAUGGAAACAGUUAACAUUUACAUAAUGAGACAUUCAUUGCCUUUGAAGCUUUGCAAAUAACGUGUUCUUUGUCAAGGGCAAAGUUCUAGGUGUAGUUGAAUAAAUCCCAUUUGAAAUGAAAUCUUUGACGAUGUCAAUGUUCAGUUAUUAAUAAUCAGCCACGCAUAAGAAAACAACAACUUUAAGAAGAC